AGAAGAAGGAGGGCCUCUGAACUACACCACCCGGCAGCCCUUGCGGCACGGCGGGCCCGCCCCUCUCUGCCAUUGGCCGGCUUCCCUGCUGGGCGGCGAGGCGAGCAAGAGGGCUCCUCGGAAAACAAGGAAGGGUCUCUGGGCGCGACGGAGGAAGGGCGAGGAGGGAUGUCGGGGCUGCUGAGCGCGACGCUGAGCGGCCUCAACAGCGACUCGUACUGCGAGUUCAGCACUUAUCGGGACCAGCAGUUCAAGGUAGCGCCCGGGGCUCGCUCUGCACGCGCUCAGAGGCGCCCGUGGUCCGCGGAGGGGGGGGUCCCUUCUUCCGGGGGGGCCACCCCGUCCAAGCCACCCCCUCCCCCUGCACGACGCAUGGCUGCAAUGGGCGCAGAGCGCCGGGCUCCAACCGACGGAGCUAUUCCAGCCAUGCCUGGAGCUUUUUCUCCCGCUCCUUUCAGCACCAUAGACAAGAGCACCAAUAUCCUCUUGGGAUUUCUCUCAUGGGUUGUUGUUGUUGUUUCUUCCCUCCUUAAAAAACAACAACAAAAAACACGACCCCGUGUGCCUUUUUCUUUGUCCUCUGAAAUCCACUGAGGGACGACUGUACGUACAGGGCCAGAUUUAUAUUUGAUGAGGCCCUAAGCUACUGAAGGUAAUGAGGCCCUUUAGUAUAUGUCCAGCUGUCCUUAUCGCUUUUUUGUGUUGAAUAUAUGCUAUACGGUCAUUGAUGGACCUAACUGGUAUCUAAAGCCAUUUGCACAUAACAAAUUAUGCAGAAUGUAGGCCCCCUAUAUAUAGAGAUGAGCAAACCGGUGAUAUUUUAGGGAGCAGGCUAGCAGGUGAAGCCCAUUACUUACAUCAUAGGAGCCUACACAACACAAAACACUGUUGCUGUAUGUAGGUUUUAUUUUAUUUGGUUUUUAUCUUAUAUUUUGGAAAUGUACAUCCAGGGGUUUGUUCCCCUUUAAUUUUUUUUUGGGGGGGGGCGGGCUCCAAGAGAAUGGGGCCCUGAGCUAUGGCUUGUUUAGCUUAUACGUAAAUCCAGCACUGGGUACGUAUGUAUUUAUUCCGCUUAUGGUUCCCACAAAGCACCCUGAAGCAAUCACCAAAAAAAAGCACAUUUCGGAUCCAGUACAAAGGCUGAUAUGCAUCUCCACCUGAAAGGCUUGUUGGAAAAGGAAGCUGUCCAACAGGCACUUUAGAGACAGUAGUGAAUGUGUACUUUUUAAAAAUAACAAUAGAUACUCUGUAAACAAAAUCCCUUCUUCCAGCUUUAUCUUGCCCAUUUAAUGUUUAAGCCAUUGCAUAUGUACUGUGUUGCAUCUGGGUUUUGCACAACUCUUAAAACCUGAUGGUGCUAAGCAAUGUAAAAAGGAAUAUGUGGGUUUUUAGGUGACAUUAUCUAUGCUUCUCCAUUUUUAUUUUCCUUUCCCAGGGAAGUUGUUACCUGCAAGAAAAAACUCUGAAAAACUCCUGCACACUUUAUGUGGGCAAUCUCUCUUUCUACACCACAGAGGAACAAAUUCAUGAGCUCUUCUCCAAGUGUGGGGAUGUGAAGCGCAUAGUCAUGGGGCUAGACAAAGUGAAGAAAACCCCCUGUGGCUUCUGCUUCGUGGAGUAUCCUUACCUUCUAUUAACUGAAGUAGACUGUGGGUGGUCUCACUAAUGUUUUUUAAGCAUCAUGGGGCAUGAAGCAAGGUUGUGUUCUGGCCCCCACUUUUUGAUUUCUAUAUUAAUGACUGGGUGCCAUAUUUAGGAGCCAGUGUAGAUGGGAGGUGCUGCAUGUUUAUCAUCAUCACCAUCAUUUAUUUGUGUGCUCUCUUUCCAUACUUAAAACCAUGUUCUAUACUUGCAACACAAAUUGAUUUACCUAAUUAUCAAGAGCAUAAAUCAUUAUAAACACUAAGAAAAACACAUGGGAAAAUAAGAAAUUUGAGCAAUUUCCACAUAAAUGAUGAUAUUAGAAUCAUAGUAUCAUAGAUUUGGAAGGGACCCAAGGGUCAUCUAGUCCAACCCCCUGCAAUGCAGGAAUCUCAGGUAAAGCAUCCAUGACAAAUGGCCAUCCAACCUCUUGCUUAAAAACCUCCAAAGAAGGAGAGUCUGUUGGCUAUUUGCAAUUUAGUAGUGCAGCAGAGAGCUUGCUGGGGAGACCAUGCCUAACAAGGAACUCAAAAUAACUUUAAAAAGGUUUUAAUAACGAAAACAAAAACUCCUUUUACACUAAAGAUAACAACAAACAUGACCCAGCCACCAACCCAUCCCCCAGGGUAACGGGAGAGCUAGGUGCUGCUACCCAAUUGCUGAUACAGCUUGAUUAACACAACUCAGCAGCACCUGCUAUGUUUCACAGCUGUAAGACUGGGUCUCGUUAUUUGCCCUGGCCCUGGCCCUUAAAGGCAUACACAACUUGUGAAACAAUAAUGAACCUUCACAUUUUAAAGUGACCAUUCAACAGAGUCCAACGCCUCUUGUGGGAGUCCGUUCCACUGUAGUUGGAAUCUCCUUUCUUGUAACUUGAAGGCAUUGGUUUGAGUCCUACCUUCCAGAGCAGGAGAAAACAAGCAUGUUCUCUCUUCCAUGUGACAGCCUUUGAGAUAUUAGAAGAUGGCUAUCAGUCUCCUCUUUUCCGGGCUAAACAUACCAUGCUCCUCAUAAGGCUUCGUUUCCAGACCCUUGAUAAUCUUGGUUGCCCUCCUCUGCACACAUUCCAGCUUGUCAACAUCCUUAAAUUGUGGUGCCCAGAAUGGGACACAGUAUUCCAACUGUGGUCUGACUAAGGCAGAGUAGAGUGCCCUUGAUCUGGGCACUAUACUUCUGUUGAUGCAGCCUAGAAUAGUAUUAGCUUUUUUUGCUGCUGCAUCACCUUGUUGACUCAUGUUAAGCUUGUGGUCCACCAAGACUCCUAGAUCCUUUGUCCCUAUUGAAAUUUAUUUUGUUAGCUUCUACCCAGUUCUCCAAUCUGUUAAUUCUUAUAUUAAAGAUACAAAUAUUACCGUAAUAGCAAUAACAAAACUCUAAACAAUACCCCACCUCAGAGACUGUUUGGCAGCCUCAGCUUUUGUAGCUGGAAUCAUUCAGGGCCCUGUGCUUCCAAGCUAAGUGAGGAAUGACAAGGAAGGCAAGAGAAGGUCUUCCAGGACUCAUAGCCAGGCUGUUGGCUGUCUGUCCGCGUCAGCAGUCUAGCUGCUGCAUUCUACUCCAUCUGGAUUUCCUGGACCACACCCUCAGGCAACUUCACAUAGAGUGCAUGGCAUGGUUAUGAUGUUUACCCGCUAACUGAACUUGUGGAGGUUAUGAGUUGUUUGAUUUUCAGCUUGCCUGUUCUCCCCUUCAUCGGCCUAUGACCAGCUGGCAUAAACCCUCUAGCAAUAUGAAUUUUCUUUAAAGUAGUGUUCCAGAUACUACACGAGAGCAGAAGCAGAGCAUUCUAUGCGGUUCAUCAAUGGAACCCGUCUGGAUGACCGCAUCAUUCGAACAGACUGGGAUGCUGGGUUUAAGGAAGGGCGGCAGUAUGGCCGUGGGAAAACAGGUGGCCAGGUAAGGGUUGCUCACCCGUUAAGAGUGCUCUACCAGUCUGGAAUGAAGUGGCAGCUGCACACCAAAGCCCACUCCCACACAAGGGCUGCAGGAAUACACAGUUAUGGGUCUCAUUUUAUGGGAAGGCAAAGAUUUUAUCUUCUGUAUUCCUGGAGCACAAAGGUGAAAAACACACUUUCCCCCACCUUAGUGAGGACUUCCAUUCCCUUGCAACUCACCGAAACUGCCAUCGCUUUCUCCAGAAGCAUUCCAAGUUCAUUUCUUAUUGUAUCCACCAGCAUUCCUUUAGCAUCAUAAAGACCAAAUCAUUUGUUGGGAGCAGAAGCAGGCUUCAUCAGAGCUCUGUAUAGCUCUAGCUUUACAUAUGUUCAAUUAGCGUUGAUGGUGCUGCUGGAAUCUUGCUGUUCUCUAUCAAAAGGUGGCCUAUCAGAGUUUUAUUUGAGCUGGCCUAUGACUGGUCUUACUCAAGCUUUAAAGGCUGCUCUGAGAAUUUAGUAUUUGACCUGAUUUCAUCUGGAUAUGUGCUCUUCCCAGGGUUCCCACCCUACAUUCUCAGGCUGGGGUUUGCUGGCUAAAUGCCCUGCAAGAGCAAAGUCAAAUUUCACUAUAAAAUCUUAGAGUUGGAAGGGACCCAAGGGUCAUCUAGUCCAACCCCCAGCAAUGCAGGAAUCUCAGCUAAAGCAUCCAUGACAGAUGGCUAUCCAACCUCUGCUUAAAAACCUCUAAAGAAGGAGAGUCCACCACCUCUUGUGGAAGUCCGUUCCACUGCUAAACAGCUCUUUCUAUCAGAAGGUUUUUCUGAAUGUUUAGUCAGAAUCCCUUUUCUUGCAACUUGAAGCUAUUGGUUCAAUCCUACCAUCCAGAGCAGGAUAAAACAAGCAUACUCCCUCCUCCAUGUGACAGCCCUUAAUAUAUUAGAAGAUGCUAUCAGAUCUCCUCUCAGUCUCCUCUUUUCCAGGCCAAACAGACCCAGCUCCUUCAAGCUGUCCUCAUAAGGCUUAGUUUCCAGACCCUUGAUCAUCUUGUUGUCCCUCCUCAGCACACGUUCCAGCUUGUCAUCAUUCUUCUUAAAUUGUGGUGCCCAGAAUUGGACACAGUAUUCCAAGUGUGGUCUGACUAAGGCAGAAUAGAGUGGUACUAUUACUUCCCUCCAUCUGGGGACUAUACUUCUGUUGAUGCAGCCUAGCUUUUUUUGCUGCUGCAUCACACUGUUGACUCAUGUUCAGCUUGUGGUCUACCAAGACCCCUAGAUCCUUUUCACGUGUACUGCUAGUAAGCCAGGUGUCCCGAUUCCUAUAUUUGUGCACCUGGUUCUUCCUGCCUAAGUGCAGAACCUUACAGUUGUCUCUAUAGAAAUUCAUUUUGUUAGCUUGCACCCAGUUCUCCAAUCUGUUAAGGUCCUUUUAAUUUCUGAUUCUGUCUUCUGCAGCAUUAGCUACCCCUCACAGUUUGGUGUCAACUGCAAAUUUGAUAAGCAUCCCCUCAAUUCCUUUGUCCAAGUCAUUUAUAAAAUUGGCAGUGAGGCAAUGCAGGAAUUUGUCAGAUCUUACACUCUUGGCAGAGCUUGAGUCCCAACAGGUAUCAGGGAAGUUGAAGUCCUCCAUGAUUAUUUUUUCUUUCCUUUUUGAAUGUUUAGUAAUCUGCUCUAGUAAGGCAUCGUCCAAGUCUUCAGUCUGGCUUGACACCCACAGUAAGGUCACUGUUGUUUCUCCCUCCUAUAAUUUUUGCCCAUAUACUCCCAAUAUGCUUUCCAUGCUCCAGGUCAUGGAUUUCUUCACAAGUGUACCCAUCCUUUAUAUACAAUGCUGCUACUCCUCCCUUCCUGUUUGGUCUAUUCCUUUUGAACAGAUUAUGCCCCUCAGUUCCUACCUUCCAGUCAUGAGUCUCAUCCCACUAGGUUUCAGUAAAGGCUAUCAGGCCAUUAUUGUUAGAAAGAGUCCUGUCAGAAUUGACUUAAGACAAGACUUGGAGGCUGCAGACAAGGUGAGAAAAGCAAACUGAGUCUUCCAGGAUAAAUAGUUAACCCUGUGCUCUUUGGGAGAAUCUCUAGGCGACCCAGCUGUGUUGGGCUAUGACGCAAAACCCGCUAGUAUCCCAGUGUUCUUUUCCACCUAGAAUACUGGCCACCAUCAAUCUGGUGGGCCUUGCCUCUGCUCUGGUCAUAAGAGGCCACUUAAAACACGCACAACCCCCAUACCUUCUUGACAUCAACAUGCCCAGAAUAUUGGUCCUUUUAUCUGUCUCUGUAAGACGUUUGCCUCAUUUUUCUCCUCUUCCAGGUACGAGAUGAGUACCGGACAGACUACGAUGUGGGCAGAGGUGGCUUUGGCAAGAUUGUUCAGCAGCAGAAGAUGAACCAGCAGACAGUGAUCUACUAAUGGCUUCUUGGAUUCGGUAGAUAACAAUAAUGAAUUAAAUAAACCUGAUCUCAUAACAUCUACAGUAGCCUGGAGUGAUAUGGCUGGAUUUGGAGAGGGAAGAGCAAUUUCAGAGGUCCUGUCUUAAUUAGCUUUUAAGACACAUCUCCUUAUAAUGCGCUGGAUUGCCAUUUCUGCACAUACAUGGCAGCUAAGAGGGACUGGGGAAAGUCUGGGUUUGGAGUAACUUUGGAGAAUCAUGGAUCCAUGAUUCAUAGAUCCAUGGGUCCAUGAUUCUCAGGUCUAUAAAAGGCCCCUUCCACAUACCCAGUUCCUUGCCUCAGUUGCUGGUGAUGUUGAUGUACAAGGUUUGUUGAGGCUCCUGAGUUCUACUGGGCAGCUGUCCUCAUAAGACGCAUUGAAUUACUGGGAACAAAAUAAUUCCCUCCCAUUUGUGAAAAAAAGGGGGGGAGACCAAAGUGUGGCACAUUAUGGCCCAGCUUCUUCUGUUGUGCCAUAAAUUUCAAUGCAUCUACCUUAUUUUCAUCCCUGGCACAUCUUCACCAAGAAGGCAGCAUUCUGCUUAGCUGCCAUUUUGUUUCAUUGAUGUAACUCGAUUUUUAGUCCUGCAUUUAUUUAUUUUUUACCCUCACCCCGAAUUCCAUUCGAUUUGCUUUUCCUAUUUGGAGGAGGGACCCAGACAACAAAAAUCCCACACAAUUUAAAAACACGGUCACCUCCAGACUUGAUUAUUGUAACUCACUCUACGUGGGGCUGCCCUUGAGACCGAUCCAGAAACUCCAGCGGGUGCAGAAUGCCAUGGCAAGACUCCUUACAGGGUCCUCGCCGUGGGAUCACAUUCACCCGGUGCUAUACCAGCUGCAAUGGCUCCCGGUGGAGUACAGGAUCAGGUUUAAGGUGCUGGUUUUAACCUUUAAAACCCUAUACGGCCUAGGACCCUCGUACCUACAGGACCGCCUCUCCUGGUAUGUCCCACAGAGGAACUUACGGUCUUCAAAUAAAAACAUCUUGGAGAUCCCGGGCCACAGGGAGGUUAGGCUGGCCUCAACCAGAGCUAGGGCUUUUUCGGCCGUGGCCCCGAUCCGGUGGAAUGCUCUGUCACAGGAGACUAGGGCCCUGUGGGACUUGACAUCUUUCCACAGGGCCUGCAAGACAGAGCUGUUCCACCAGGCCUUUGGCCAAGGCACAGUCUGACACCUCCCCGCCUUCUGUAAUCCUCAUAGAACUCUAGCCCAAUGGUUGCCGUUAAUUUGACUCUGAAUUGAUUUUAGAAUGUAUUUCAAUUAAUUGAUUAUGAUUUUAUGUAAACUGUGUUAUUUUUGCUGUUGGUAGCCACUCUGAUCCCGGCUUCGGCUGGGGAGGGUGGGAUAUAAAUAAAAUAUUAUUAUUAUUAUUAUUAUUAUUAUUAUUAUUAUUAUUAUUAUAUUUUAUUAUAAUAAUAACAUUCCUCCCAUCCCAAGCCUUUGGCUAAUUAAGCAAUCUAUGGCCUUUUAAAUGGGAGGUAGGGUAUGGUGGGUGUGGGUGUUUUUAUAUACCGUAUUUUUCGCUCUAUAAGACGUACCAGACCAUAAAACGCACCUAGUUUUUGGUAGGAGGAAAACAAGAAAAAAAAAUAUUCUGAAUCCCAGAAGCCAGGACAGCAAGCGAGAUCGC